AUGCAACACCUGAGGGAUCUAACCACGCAACACAUGAGGGAUCUUACCAUGCAACACAUGAGGGAUCUAACCAUGCAACACCUGAGGGAUCUUACCAUGCAACACCUGAGGGAUCUAACCAUGCAACACAUGAGGGAUCUAACCAUGCAACACCUGAGGGAUCUAACCACGCAACACAUGAGGGAUCUUACCAUGCAACACAUGAGGGAUCUUACCAUGCAACACAUGAGGGGUCUUACCAUGCAACACAUGAGGGAUCUUACCACGCAACACAUGAGGGAUCUAACCAUGCAACACCUGAGGGAUCUUACCAUGCAACACAUGAGGGAUCUUACCAUGCAACACCUGAGGGAUCUUACCAUGCAACACAUGAGGGAUCUUACCACGCAACACAUGAGGGAUCUUACCAUGCAACACAUGAGGGAUCUAACCAUGCAACACAUGAGGGAUCUUACCAUGCAACACCUGAGGGAUCUUACCAUGCAACACAUGAGGGGUCUUACCAUGCAACACAUGAGGGGUCUUACCAUGCAACACAUGAGGGAUCUAACCAUGCAACACAUGAGGGAUCUUACCAUGCAACACCUGAGGGAUCUUACCACGCAACACCUGAGGGAUCUUACCAUGCAACACAUGAGGGGUCUAACCAUGCAACACAUGAGGGAUCUUACCAUGCAACACAUGAGGGGUCUUACCAUGCAACACCUGAGGGAUCUUACCAUGCAACACAUGAGGGAUCUUACCAUGCAACACAUGAGGGGUCUUACCAUGCAACACAUGAGGGAUCUUACCAUGCAACACAUGAGGGAUCUUACCAUGCAACACCUGAGGGGUCUAACCAUGCAACACAUGAGGGAUCUUACCAUGCAACACAUGAGGGAUCUUACCAUGCAACACAUGAGGGAUCUUACCAUGCAACACAUGAGGGAUCUUACCAUGCAACACCUGAGGGAUCUAACCAUGCAACACAUGAGGGAUCUUACCAUGCAACACAUGAGGGAUCUUACCAUGCAACACAUGAGGGAUCUUACCAUGCAACACCUGAGGGGUCUAACCAUGCAACACAUGAGGGAUCUUACCAUGCAACACAUGAGGGGUCUUACCAUGCAACACCUGAGGGAUCUUACCAUGCAACACAUGAGGGAUCUUACCAUGCAACACAUGAGGGGUCUUACCAUGCAACACAUGAGGGAUCUUACCAUGCAACACAUGAGGGAUCUUACCAUGCAACACCUGAGGGAUCUUACCAUGCAACACAUGAGGGAUCUUACCAUGCAACACCUGAGGGAUCUAACCAUGCAACACAUGAGGGAUCUUACCAUGCAACACAUGAGGGAUCUUACCAUGCAACACAUGAGGGAUCUUACCAUGCAACACAUGAGGGAUCUUACCAUGCAACACAUGAGGGAUCUUACCAUGCAACACAUGAGGGAUCUUACCAUGCAACACCUGAGGGAUCUUACCAUGCAACACAUGAGGGAUCUUACCAUGCAACACCUGAGGGAUCUUACCAUGCAACACCUGAGGGAUCUUACCAUGCAACACAUGAGGGAUCUAACCAUGCAACACAUGAGGGAUCUUACCAUGCAACACAUGAGGGAGCUUACCAUGCAACACAUGAGGGAUCUAACCACGCAACACAUGAGGGUCUAA